AAUAACACUUUUAUCAAGAUGGUGGCUUACACAUGACAUCACAAAAUUCCUCGAAACUAUUUGCAUGUCUCUUGACGAAUUCUUUCUCUGUCAAGACUUAGUGUUGUUUUUCAACAGGAAAAGGGAUUUAUGGAUUGAUUUAGUUGUUAAAGUCGCUUGAUGCAGCUGCAUAUUCUAUAAGUAUCUUGAAUCAACAAUCUUCUCACGGCAUGGAUGUUGCUAAUUUCCUGUCUGCUGUUUUUCCGUCGAAGGAAGACGAAAAUAUUGCGACUCCAAGGUAACAAAAAUCCGUGUUAUCCUCAGUAAGACCUAGUUAAAUGUUUUAAAUGCUUUUCCAUUGGUAAAAGAUGGAGCAUUCGUCAAAAAGGCACAUUCUUUAAAGCACAAAUAAGGUCAAUUUUGGAUGGGUCAAAAAUAUGAUGACGGCGAUGGCUAGCUUGAGACCACACCCUCUCCACAUUAUCUCUAUGUCUUUUUAAAAUUUUUUCCUAUCUCUUCUCUCCUCUUAAAAAAAGGAAAAGAAAAGAGAAAGAGAAAAGCACGUAAAUGCAGGAUGGCUAGAUUGCAGAAGCCCUUGCAGUCCUCCAGUCGUCCAAUUUGCAUAGUAAAUUCUGACGUUGACAAGGGGAGUGCUGGACUGUGGGAGCACUAGUAUACCUUGUUCUAUAAGCACACUAGUUACUGGACAUCGACUACAGGAGUAUGGGACUGUGAGAGCACUAGUUGUGUACCCACUUGAUAUUCACUUUUCUGCAACUGCGGGAGAAGCACUUGUUUUACUUACUUUAAUAGAUCGAAGUAUUCAGCAUAAUAGAACACGACUGCAGGACUGUGGAAGCGGGUUUUCAAGUAAGACAUUUAGUGAGCUGGAUAUUCUGAAAUUGCUCCUUCAGGAUAUGAUGAUGAUGAUGGUGAUAAUGAUGAUUAUGUUUAUUUAUUAAUUUUAAUGUUUUUAUUUAUUUAUAUUUUUUUUCAUUAUUUGUAAUGGUCUGGUUAUGAUUUUUGUCACCCUUGCAGAAGGUUAUUGGAGUAUGGCACCCUUCAAGAUCACAUUGAUGAGAUUCUAGCCCAAUAUGACGAGGAACCAAAACCAGGUAUGCUUCUCUCUGUGAUUAACAAUAAAUUAUUGGAGUACAUGAUCUUGAAGGGUAAAACCUGGGCUGUCAUUAAGGGCCGGAGGCCGCAGAUUUACCCCAGCAACUAUGAGCACGAUCCCCAGCUACUUUUAUAGGAAUUAAAGGAAAAAUGGGACUGAAAGAACUUCCUUCAGUCUGUAGCCUGUUGAAUAAUAAUAUUGAAUAAACCAUCAACUUGAAAUCUUAGCUUCUCAUUUUAUAUAAAGAAAUUCGAUCCAGGCCCUAAUGGAAAGAGUGAAUGAAUGUGGAAUGACCCUUCUAUUAAAUCCUUUAGUUUGAAAUGUCAGACCGCUGCAAAAAUGAAAAGAUGGUAAAUUUUAAGCUUGGUAAAUGAAUAUGUGAUUCAAAGAUGUGAUAAUCAGAAUGCUGGGUAGAGAACAUGAUGUAACUUUUUUUUAACAGUACUGUACACAGGCUACAGCCAUUGUAAAGUCUGUCUUAAUUUAUUGGUAUUGAGACAUUGCUGGUUUACUUGAAAUAUUUGCUCCAAAAAAUAUUUAAAUUUACCUAGUAGUAACCAAAGGUUAGGAAGUGCUGGGAUUAAUCAAAGGUCAAAAGGCUCUUGCUCCAGUGCUCUACUGUUUUUAAGUUUCAUGUUAUAGGAGGCCAAAAUGCACAUGAUCAGGUAAUGACCUAUAGAAGGUCCAAACAAGUGUGAUCAGAUUGCCUUCUGUGCAUUCCAUUUAUUCUAAGUGGAAGUCCAAACAAAAUUUGGCAACGUACGUGUCACGCAUACACAAUGGCUGCCUGGAAAUUAACUGUGAUUUCUUUUCCUCCCAUUCAAAGAGCUUGAUGCUGAGGAAAGAGCAUUAACUGAUGGUAGAAUUGGACCAGGUAAUGUGGGGAUUGACAGAGCAAGUCUUUGUGGGUCAAUGACUAUCAAAGAUGGAAUGGAGGUAUGGCAGACAUUUAUUUGUAAAUAUGUUUUACUGAAAAGCCCAGUAGUUAAUUACAAGGAUACUCUAAAGUGUAACCCUGAUCAACUUUUAACAAAACUAUACUGCUGUUUAGAUUGAAAGCAAAGGCAACUUCAGCAGUGUAAGGGCCAAUGCCUGUGUUUGCAAAGGUAGGUGCUAGUAUAUGCUAUGGAAUAUAUUUUCACUUAAUGAUCGCCAAAGGGAAUAGGUUCUAAUUCUCUCAACUAAUUCCAUAAAAAAAUGUAUGGAGAUCAGUUGGGAGAAUUUGUAUGCAUAUAUUGGGGUUAAUUUUUGACCAGUUGACUGCUGUUUUCUUUGAAGGAAAAUGGAUGUAUGAGAUUCUUUUGGGUUCUAAAGGAAUCAUGCAACUGGGAUGGGCAACUUUACUAUGCAAAUUCACCAAUGAGGUUUGCGAAAAGUCAGUUUUCUAUCCUUUUAGUCUCUUGAUAAUAUCCCAUGAUGCAAUUAUUCAUGCUCAAGUCAAUGUUUAAUUUCUUACCAAAGGAAGGUGUUGGUGACACUCCUGACUCUUUUGCUUAUGAUGGCCAUCGUGUUAGGAAAUGGAAUGUGACAACUGGAAAAUAUGGAGAGGUAUGAUCAGGCAGCUGUUGAUGCAUUCCCCAAUAAAUUUGCACUUAGGCAAGAGGUAUGCCCAGGACUAUUGCUAAUCCCCCUGGAUAAAAUGCUAGUCCAUUGCAGGGUUACCUCCCAGCAGUAUGUCGCUGGCACCCACAAAGUGGAGAAAAUUUCCUUGUCUAAGGAAACAGGGCGAUGGUAGGGGCUUGAACCCUGGACCUUAAGAUCCUGAGUUUAAGGUGUUAACCGCUCGGUCACACACACCUACACAAAUAACCAGAAAAGUCGGUAAUAGAAGCUAAAAAUCUAGAGCACUCUAGGUCUUCAGUGCAAGAAUGCAGACAACAGGGAUCAAACUUUUUCAUAUGAAAUGAAUCCUUGUGUCCAUGAUGACAAUGAAAACUGGCUAUUUUUCUUCACAGGAGUGGAUGGCUGGUGAUGUCAUAGGAUGUUGUAUUGACCUAGAUGAAGGCACAAUAUCUUACAGUAGGUCAGUGUCCCCAGAUUCUAAAAGGAAUAUUUAUGAUUUUCCUACCCACAAAAAUCAUUUUUAUUGUUUGUGUUAUCUUUGUCUUAAUAAGUGUUUAGUUUAUUGUCAGUUAGUCUCAUUCUCAACCUUGCCAUACCGUCACUAUUACUCCCAUCUUAACUGUCUUGAUCAUCAUCAUCAUCUUUAGUAGUAGCAUCAGCAUCAAUUUAUCAUCAGCCUUAUUAUUAUCAUUAUCAUCAGCAUUAUUAUCAUUAUAUGGUCAUUGUCUUUUUCAACACCACUACCAACACUACUAUUGUUAUCAUCAUCUCCAUCACAAUCAUCGCCAUCCUUCUUCUCCUUCUCCUCCUCCUCCUCAUCAUCAUCAUCAUCAUCAUCAUCAUCAUCAUCAAUAGUUUUAUUCUCAGUUUUUAGUCACUGAUUUCUUGGAAUUUGAAUCCAUUCUUUUCUUUGUUAUUUAUAGGAAUGGACAUUUCUUGGGUGUUGCUUUUGAUAAUGUUCAGUAUGGACCAGGACUUGCUUAUUUUCCUGCAGCCAGCUUAUCCUAUGGAGAGUCAUGUCAGAUGAAUUUCGGAGCAUCUCCAUUCAAGUAUAGUUUUUAUUGUUUGUUAAUUUUUAUUCUGAUAAUAGUUUAAUUAUGUAUAUCUAAUUUGAGAUGUGAUGUAUGUUUUACAGUCAAACCAGGUCAAGCGUUCCCGUCGCUAGCAAACUAAUGAAUUCAUUAAUGGAAAAAUGAUUUCGUUUGUUUAUUCAAUAAUCCAUUCAUAAAAAUGAAUAAUCUAACAGUCAAAUUGGACCUCGAUUCAGUAAUUAAAUUUUGAUUUGGUUUAUGAACAAAAUAUACCUGUUCUUUAUUCUUGUCUGUUGAGUUCAAUCAUAUUUGCUUCCCUUUUCCUGCCGUUUACGAUUGUGUUUUUAAUUGCCUUUAAUCAAAAGAACAGCUAGAAUAGACAGACCGCAAAUGCAAAAAAACUGACAAAGGCCGAGGAUCGAAAUCCACCAAUCACCGUACAUACACUGGCCUCAGUUUGACUAUGGUGUUUUCUAAGAGGUCAGGUCCGUUGCAAACAGUUUGUUUGGGCUUGAACUUCAGAACUGGCCCGCACUCGACUCGAAGAAAAAAAAGUGUAGUUUUUAAAAAAACGGUAAUCGAAUCAACAUUCGAUUAUGGAAUCGAGGCUAAAUAUGAAUAUGGACCAUUCAUUUUAUGAAUGGAUUAUUGAAUCAACAAACGAAAUCAUUUUUCCGUCAAUGAAUUUAUUAGUUCGUUAGCGACGGGAACGCUUCACCUGGUUUGACUGUAAUGGAUGCCUAGCAAAUUAAUAGUCUAAAUGACUUCUUAUGGAGAAGUUGCCUUGUGAUUGCUUUCAAAACUAGGGCAGGAUUGGACUCUAAGGUUCUUCUUUUGUACACUCUUUCAGUAAUAACCACACUAAUUUCCUUACAAGUUCAUAAUUUCGACGAGAAGAUUGCCAUACUUGGGAAAUUCACACAAUGAUAAAAUACAGGAUUUAUAUGCAGUGCUCGACCAAUCAGCGUGUGAGAAAUCACUCAGUAUAUUGUAAAGAAAAAUAGACAAAAAAUUUUUAUAUGGUAGUUUUUCUAAAUUUAUGUCUUAACCACUUUAGAUUUCCUGUUGAAGGUUACAAACCUCUUCAAGAUCCUCCAACAUCCGAUGUUGCCAAAGCAACAGAACUCAUUUCAUGCUUGGAGAGGCUACUUCCUGCUGUAAGUAAGCUUUGUUUUUCUUGUUAGAGAUGAUAUACAGAUUUCUUGACCAUCUUCGGUCCUGUCAUCAAUCCCUUCCUUGCCAAGCUUGCUUGUGACUGCUAGGAGAACUUUGAUCCUGGUCUCCCUUUGUUGGAAAUGAAUAGGGCACCUUCAUCAGGGUUGUCAUUAAGAAUUCUAGUGGCAGGAGAAAGGUGUAACGUUACAGGAGAAUAUUUUGAAAGAGGCUCCACAUCUGAAUUUAUAAUAGUCAUAGGCUGCCAAAUGUUUGCUGGAGAAUCAUGUGUAAUAAAUGGAGAAUUGUUGGAUCUCCGAUGCCUAAUGAAUAUGGCCCGCCUCAAAGGAAACAUCGCUCGAGCUAGUAACCAUCCCCAGGCCUGCUGCCAUUAAAGCUGAUAAAUUAUUGUUUUAAAAUUUUUAGCCAGAGAGAAUCCCUUGGUUGCCAGCCUCUCUUCAUGGCCGAUCUGACACGCUGACUCUUCUCACCACUGCACAUGUCUUUGAAAAACUGGGACCUCUGCUAGUAAGAAAUUUUAUGCUUUUCGGGAAUGAGUCACAGUAUUAGAAUGCAUGGGUACACAGAAUAUUUCUUCCCUUGAGUAGACAUGACUUGCAAGAUGAAGAGAGAGUACUCUCUUCCAUGAAACUAAGGAAUUUGGCAACAGGGUUCGUGGUUUAAAGUUUUAGAUUGUUAGAAUUUUGUUUUCAUUAAAUCAUAAUUUCAGAUUAACGUAUUUUAAAUAAAUUAUUUUAUCAUAGUUAAUUCAUAAUCUUAGCAAUGAGUAAUUCAAUAAUUCAAACUUUUAAACUUAUUUUUGUAUUUUAGUUUCUGCCUUAAUUAACCCGUGGGAUAUCUGUAAACAAGUCGUAUGGCUAAGCAUAUUUCACCACAUAAAAUAAAGUGUCUAUGUUGUUGUCUGUGUCUAUGUCUAUGAAGAGACAUGACCCAUGGUGUGAAGAUAAAUAAUCAUGUCUCCUCGUAGCAAUCACUUUGGUUUUUAGGAGACUGUAUUAAGUAAAGUUCUCUGCUGUUUUGUUUUUCAAGACUGGAGGAUAUGUUGUGGAAGAAGUUCUUUUGCCCUUCUUACUUAAGUCCUGCUCAGAAACCAGUCCUUUGGAGCAUCAACCUGGUGUUGAGAAAGUGUUAGAUUUAAUGUGGGUCUGUAUGGAGGUGAGCUAAUCUACUUGCUGAAUGUUUUAUCCCUUUUUACUUCUGAACAUCAGGGGUCCCGUCAAAAAAAGUUCCGUCCGGUUAUCCGGGAUGAGUAAAUUUUCUUGCUGGGCAAGUAACUUUUAAAGCUUACUUACCUGAACAGGUUUUACAAUAUUGUGUUGUUUUUUCUUUUGGUAGGAUUUUGAACUCGAACCUUGUUUGGGUCAUUUACUGAAUGUGCUUAUCAAAUACUAUUGGUUUAAGCCAGUAACAAUGGAUUUCAGAUCUCAGGUAAGAUAAGGACAUUCUCUUCUAUGUUAGGACUUCUGCUUUUGAGAGAAAGGCUGUUUAAGACAGUAACAGUGGAUUUCAGGUCUUUGAUAAGAUUGCUUGUUUAACUCAUCAUAGUAAGUUAAGAGUUACUGUCACUGAAAGAAAGACCAUUAAAUUAACGCUUUUUACAAUGUUUUUUCAAUUACUUUAUAAAAAAAUAUAUAUGAUUAGAGUGGAACCUCAACAUGACAGAUGACUAAGGGACUGGCAAAAUGUUUGCUUAAUUAAUUGCAGUUUUGUUGUAUCAAUGUUCUUUGCUAUAUACAGUGUAUUUUAGUAUUUCUUUGGCGAAGAAUAUUGUCCCUUAUACAGAGGACUUCCUUAUACUGUAUAAAUGUUUAGGGGUUUAUACAAUCAGUCUUGAUGACGCAAAUUCCCUUACAAGUCCUCUAUAUUACCAUAAUAACUGUAUCGGAUUUCAAAUGAAGGUAUGAUAAUCGCAGUGGUAAUUGCAAUUUAAGCAAUUGCAAAUUAACCCAAAAGAUAUUUUUCGGGACUUCAACUGGAUUCAAACCCAUGGCCUGUGCAUUAGCACUGGAGUGCUCCACAAAUUGAGCUAUGAAGACCCAUACAUUAAUUGGGAGCAAACUAAUUUGUUGAGUUCAUCUUAACCAGUGAGUGGAAUGAAACAUUGACGAUGAUUUGAACUGCAGAUUUGUUAUGAAAAGACCCAGGUUAUGUUUAAAGUGUCUUAUUUUUUCUAGGUCCACUGUCUUUCCUUGGCUCUUGCUAUACUCAAACAUGAAAGAACGCGGAGAAUGUGGAUUACUUGUAAAACAUAUCCUUUUGAGUUUACGAAGGGCGGGGCAUGGGCAGCUGACUACUGGGUCAAUAUCAGAGACCUUUAGAUUCUAAGAUGAGUACGACUAUGAGUCCUCAAUAAUAAUAGUUAGACUAGUUUUUUGGAUUAAUUUAAGCCUCUAUUGCAAUGAUUAUUGUUCCUAUGGAUGCUGUACUACUAUGGGAUUGUAUUUAGACUGCAAAACAGUCCAUAUUUUUGCAUAUUCAAGUACGCAGGAGCAGUCGAACAAAAGGUCUGGAAUGAGUCUGAAAACAGAGAGCGAGACUGGGGAGAGACGCUUACCCCACGCUUUACCGAUUUCUUUACUGAUUUUGAGAAAAAAACCGACUGUUUUGCAGUCUAGAUUGUAUUGGGAUGCUAGUGCUUCUUUUAUGGGCUAACAGGAGUAUGAACAUUGAAUUCAUCCUGCAAAACAGUCCCAUUUUGCGACUGACCCAGUCACACACAACCUCAAAAUGUCUAAUUAAGAUCUUAGCACAUAGUUCCUUUUUUGUUUUCGUCUUUGUAGUAUUACCUGUACAACCUGAUUGCCUUCAGUCAGUUUGUUUUCCUUGACUGUUUAAACUUUCCCUCAGAAAUUCAGUUAUUUUAUGCAUAUAAAACCUCCUGAUGAUAACAUUCUUCAAUCAUCAUUCCCCUUAGUGUGGUGGGAAAGCGAGGAUGUGAGUAUUCAAUAUAGCUGAGGGGGGAAAUGUAAUGGUAGUUUUAACCUGGAGCAAGCUCUCCAUUUAAGAAUUGCAAGAAGUGAAGGGUCACGCACAUUUGUGCCUAUUCUUUUUAUGCUAGUGAGGAACAAAAUCGAUUAAAUAAUUUGUAAAAGCGUAAUUUUGCCUUUUCAGUGUUCAAAACAAUUUAUCUUCACUUGUAAAUGACACUAAGCAAAAGUUUUAUCAAAUUGACCUUAAGUUAGACUAAGGGUAGCAUCAUUUUUCUUCUUCAAAGCUGCAAAGUUAGAAUGCGUAACACGCCAGUAGUGAGGAGCGCACUUCGCCGGUCACCCAUGGCAGUUUUCUACUCUCACGCUUUCUGCUCCAGGGAGAAGGAAAUAAGGGGCUACUCGUUAUCUCGGAAAGGUGCAGGCUCGAAUUUCCGCCCCUCUCUUUGGUCUGGUCUUGUUCCUCCCAAGAAGUCUUUUUGGGGAGGAGCUCGGGCUUAUUUCCUGAACAGGGGCUGGCAAUCGAGCCUAGGAAAAGUGUAACAGACGUUUUUAACUCUGCUUGUGUUGAACAAAUUAAAUUAAUCAUUGUUCUGUUUUAGGAGUCUUCAAAGCCAAGUGAAGCAUCAAAAACAGAGUACAUGGCAGCCUGCAAUAAACUCAAAAAUAAAGUUCAAGGUGCGGUCAAGAAAUUAACUGUUUUAUUUUUGCCCGUAUAAUUUGAGCCUGUUUUUCAGGCUCCGAGUUAGUAGGGUCCGCAAAAUUGAGCUGAGAAAACGCAAACACAAAAAUGAAACGGGAGGAAACUGGGGAGAGACUUCUUUCCCGCCACCACCCCCUCUUUUCCCAGAUCACGCGCUAAUAUUUUCGCGUGUAUUUCACUUACGCUUCAUCUCUAUUAUCUGAGCGUCUGCAACGGGUUAUUAUAAUUUUGACCAUAAAUAUGUUUAAAUCUUUGUGUGAAAGAUCUGGAUUCAGUGUCGGUACUGGACUAAUUAUUUCUCUCAUUCUCCACUGGUGGUUUUUUGAGAAUCCUUUCCCAAUAAAACCCUUGGAUUCCAAAUGCAGAAAAGCAAACGUUUGUGUUUUAUCCUUUACUGAUCAGUGGCAUCAGUGGGUUUAUAAUUUUUUCUAGGGAAUACAAAUCUUAAAAUGCGGACAAGGAUUACUCACAAAGGAAAUACAUCUCACGGUGCAAAUAACAGCUUUCUACAUUAUUUUUCAUUUCAGUACUCGAAAAUAUCCAAGUUGAAAUUUGCAAGAUUUUAAUGACAGGUGAUGAUCGACCAACACAGGUAAUGGCUUAUCUUCCGUAUCAUGCAAAUUGUUCAAUUGGAGAUAUUUUUGCAGGUUUUGUUCUGGGAAUUAGUUAAAAGCUGUUUUUUAGCUGAAACUGUAAUUUUUUCCCUUUUAUUCCUAAACGAUUCACGUUGUCUGCAGCUUUUGAAUCUCUUUAAAGUGCCCAGUGUACUUUACAAAAUCAGUUUAACCCUUGAAACGCUAAUAUCAACAAUCAUAUUCUCCACCUGUUCUCCAUAAAAUUCUUAUGGUAAUGAUAAGGAGAAUUUGUUUAACGAUCAAUCAAUGAAGCAGUGUUUGUGUAAGGAUACAUUAAUGUUGGGUUAAAAGGCAGGACCAUAGCUAGAAAAAAUUGUGACUGAGGCAAUGUCCGGCCGAUCCAUGGUUAAGUGAACAUUCUAGUUUACCUAGAUGUUUUGUGUUUGGGUAUUUAAUUGCUACUUUAUUUUUAAUUAUUUAUUUGCUAGCAGUGUUUUCCCUUCACCCCCCUCAAAAAGUAAAUGCCUCGGUUUGCCUCAUUUUGGCUAUGACCCUGCAAGGCAGUGGUGUUUCACUGUGGGUGAUACAGUGAUAACACAAGUGUCCAAAGAUCACGUUAUGAGGGUGAAAUGUAAUUUACAUUCUGUGUGGUGAGCGAGUCAGGGUGAAUAUAAAACCACAGUUUCUUAACAAUCCAACCUUGUUUAUCUUUCAAUACACUCUGCUGACGUAUUAAUUAUUUUCUUUCUUCAUAGAACUCCAAACCAACAAGGGUCCUGUUUUUAGAAAAAUUUCGAAAAUUUCUCCAAGAGAACAUGAUGACCAUCACGGUACGGGCCACAUGCAGCUAAGUAUAAACGUCUUCAGGAAACUGUUUUGCAUAAUAAAUAAAUAAAUAAAUAAAUAAAUAAAUAAAUAAAUGAUAACCAUAUUUUCGCAGGAUAAAAUACCCGUCAGUGUAUAAAAAACACUGUUGUCAAUGGGUUCCUUUAAAAAGAAGCUUAAUAAUGUCGUACGUGUCAACCGGCGUCUGACGUUCAGUCCGGUUGAACUUUUAUUUUGACCCUUGACGUGAGGUUUUAUGUAACAAGGUCCUGGUCGCAUCGAUAGCCUUUCAACUGGAUUUGUUCUUUGUUUUGUUAGAAGAAUUACAUCUCAGCGUUUUUCUUUAUUUACACAGUUACAGCCAUCCAGCGCAUGCGCGGGGCCAGUGAUCACGUGUUUCUAUCACAGACUUGUACAAGCACUCCGCUGGCAUUGGGAGCAGUGGGCGCGCGAGAAAGAUUCGCCGAUUAAAAGUAAAGGUUUGUUGGAUGGAGGCUGGCCUGUGUGCUGGCGUCUGCUGUCGCCUUUGCCACGCGAGCAGUAAGAGACGUCUACACACAACCUAGAUACAGGGCAGAAAUAAUCUUUUUACUUCGUGUAGAAAAUCUCCUAAUGCUCUAUAACUGUAUUGUGCUUAUAGUGUUCAUAAGUGUUUUUGUUGUUGUUUUGAGGUUAUGCAGUUAGUUAUGAAAUGAGGAUUGUAAUUGUAAACGAAAUCGUCUCUUUCCAGCUUUUCCGGCCUCAGCCGGAUAUAUGUAGGGCUACAAUCAUGUCAGACAAAUGCAUGAACAAACAUCAGCGCUUACCUGUGCAAUAAGUACUCUUCGUAAAAAUAAUAAGCUCCAAUACAUAAUCAGUAAAAAUCAACCUCGUAAUCAGGGUUACUGGGUUCUUUUUCAACCACUUAGGUUGUUUAUUUAACUGCAAGGAUCAUUUCCACUUUCGUAUCUUUAACCGCAGUUCAAAAUAUGAGUCAUUUCAUAAUUUUAUUUCCAUUCAAGUGGGUUACUGUGAAUCCUUCCUUUAAGAACCACAACAGAUCAACCGCCAUUCGGUUACAGUGUGGUAAUAGUAAUGUAAUUUAGAUUCAUGAUUAACGAUAUGAUUAAUUUAACUCGUUCUUAUACAACGCUUCCCAGAACUAUCAUAUUAGUCAAUAAUAUUAUUGUACAGUUUUUAGAUUUUAAUCUGUUAAGUGUGUAACAGGGAUUAUUUAUGUCUAAAAGCCUUUGGAAGGAUCAUAUAACAAAGUAUAUAGAGUAUGUAUGUAUCUAGAUUGUGCUACCUCAGCUCGAGCGGAGGUACCCUGGGUGCCAGAGACUUUUCUUGCAAGUUUUUCGGUUUCAGUCAAAUCCAGUGACCCGCGUGAGAAGCUUAGCCACUUGUGGAUCCAGCCUUCGGCCGAAGAUCUGUCGGCCGGCGGCCUAUACCGAAGCAUUCCGCCGCACGCAAAAAAAAAAAACCCUUGUUACCCAGGGUACAGCGGAGGAGUAAAAACUAACACAUUGUUUGUUGAGGUAAAUGGAUUAAGAAGCUCACUUUUCGCGCGCUAGUCCUUCGGUAAAGCGCUUCGUUUCACGAAUGGCUAGCGCACGAUUCGCGGGCUUUCAUGCAACAACUGCUGAGCUUCCUCUUAUGGUUUAUGGCAGAUACUGUUCUAAGUCCUUAGUGGACCGGCGGCCAACACCUAAGCAUCUUGCUGCCUGCUAGAAAAAAGUAAAUCCUUUCUUACCCAGGAUAAAGCAGAGGAGUAUAAACUAAAACAUUAGGGCCAUUUGUACGAGGAAAAAUAAGACGCGAACUUUCCGUAUAAACGGCACAUUUCGUCUAAAAUAAGACGCGGCUUAGCUAAGACGCGUCUUAUAUAGAUAAGACAUGCUCGUAUAAAUGGUACAGUUCGCGUCUUAUUUAAGACGCGUCUUAUUUUUCCUCGUAUAAAUGGCCCUAUUGUUUGUUUGUGGAGGUAAAUGGAUUAAGAGGCUCACGUUCCGUACGCUAGUCCUUCGAUAAAGCGUUUCGUUUCACGAAUGGCUAGCGCACGUUCCGUUGGCUAUCAUACAACAACUGCUGAGCUUCCUUUCAUCGUUUAUAGCACAUACUGUACUAGUGUUAAUGAUAUAUGAAAUAGAUCAUAUAUGAAUUGCGGAAAUGAAAUGAAAAUGAAGAAAUGAUCGUCGCAGUGAACGCAAUUUAUGCAAUUGCGUAAAGAAGCCUACUUUACGCAAUUGCAUAAAUUGCGUUCACUGCGACGAUCAUUUCUUCAUUUUCAUACUGUACUAGUGCUAGGUUGGCCAGCGGCCAACACCAAAGCAUCCCGCCGCACGCAAGAAAAGUAUAAAUCCUUUGUUACCCAGGGUACAGCGGAGGAGUAAAAACUAAAGCAUUGUUCGUUGAGGUAAUUGGAUUAAGAAGCUUACGUUUCGCGCGCUAGUCCUUUGGUAAAGCUUUUCGUUUAACGAAUGGCUAGUGCACGAUACGUAGGCUUAAACUUUCAUACAACGACUUCCGAGCUUCCUGUCGUGGUUUAUGGCACAUACUGUAUAAGUGCUCUUAAUUUGCCUUUGGUUUGGAUGGAGUCCAGAAAUGAGGCCGUCGAUGCAAAAACUUUUGAGCAAUACUUUCCAGUAAUUAAAAACACUUUCUUGAUGUUGUUUGCACUUGUUAGAUUGGCCAUUUUCACAGUAGAGACGAAUUUCCACCUGAGACGGAUAAUCCAUCUUCAAAAUCCGUCAAAAUUGAAGGAAAAACAGAUUGGUAGAGUCAGGCGGAUUGUCCAUCCAAAAUAAGACCGUUUCAUUUUUCAAAUUAAGACCCAUUAUCAGUCUGACGCAAAUUAUCCGUCGGAUAACCCGUCUCAGACGGAUAAUCCGUCUUUAGCGUAAAUACGGCCGUUGAUUGAAAUGAAGAACAGUACAUUUUUUAGGCAUUUUGGGUGAUCUUUCAAGUUAAGACUUUAUUGUUAAUUUACAUUCAACUCUGUUUAAGAGGGACACCUUUGGGACUUGCUCUAAUUGUCUAAGAGUGAUGUCCGUCUCAUAGAAAGUCAAAUAAAGGGAGUAAAGAAAGGCAGGGACCAAUUCUAGAUGUCCGUUUUACCGAGAGGUUUGUCUUAUAGAGGGGUCCGUCACGAAAGAGUCGACUGUAUUUAUCUGUACGAUAGUUAAUUGUUAAAUAUCCUCAAAGAGUAACACAUAAUCUCGCUUUAAGUUCCUUUGGUUAAUUCAUUAUAAUUUUCAAACACUAUUUUCGGUUCUUAGAUGCUUAUGUUCCCAAUCAUAUCUUUCUUGAUGACAGAGUUCAUUAUUGGGACCUUUCCAGGUAAUGGUAUCGUUGAAUCGGAUAAUUAUACGUUUCUGGGAAACUGCACACCUACCCCUCCCCUAAGCCAACAUUUUUCCCUGAGUGAGAAGUAGGUGUUAAUGUUAGCUUAAGGGAGAGGUAGGUGGCAGUUUCCCAGAAGCGAAAAAACCCAUGAAAUUCCCGCAGGCUCGCAAUGGUGGUGAUUUCAGAGCAUCAAAUCGCCGUGAUAUCCCUGCCAGUUUGCACAGGCGAUUUGCUAUUCGCAGAAAAUUGCUCCCAAAUAGCCUAUGUAAACAGACCUGUUUGCUCCGUUUGCAUUUUAACCUACGAACAGAGCUGACAGGGUGUUGAACAGCUCGCCACGGGUAGUUACACUACAGUCACUGCAAUCAAAACGCGUCCUUUUUGAUUGCUAAAUAGCUCUUUUUUUUUUCUUUUUCAUAGACUGGGUGGUGUCUUGUCACAUCUCAAGAAAGCAUAUAAUGGUAGGUCCAUUAAUAGGAACCUAAUUCUUGGCUUUAUACACAUAUAGCGAAUAAAUUGAACCAUAAAGAACAGGUGGCUGGGUUUAAGACUUAAAUCGAUACAGCGAUUUUUGUUUUACCUUUAAAAAGUGGUUUUUAAAAGCAUUUUUAACUUGCUUUAUCAGGCGAUAGUUAAAAAGAUCAAAAGGUGGACUCGUCAUUUGGCUACCAAAAAAAACUGCAAAGUAAAGGGUCAUUUUGGAUUGUUUAGUGUGUGUUUCUCAAAAUUAUGCAAAGAUUACUGUUAGCUGGAAAUAUGAUGCCUCUUCCCAAAACCAACCAAAAAAUUCUUACACCCUUGUUCCUUUGUUGCUGUCUGGGAUGACUAUUAUGACUAAGAUGACUGGGAUGACUAGGGAUGACUAGGGAUGACUAGGGAUGACUAGGGAUGACUAGGGAUGACUGGGAUGACUAGGGAUGACUAGGGAUGACUAGGGAUGACUAGGGAUGACUAGGGAUGACUGGGAUGACUAGGGAUGACUGGGUUGACUAGGGAUUACUAGGGAUGACUGGGAUGACUAGGGAUGACUAGGGAUGACUAGGGAUGACUAGGGAUGACUAGGGAUGACUAGGGAUGACUGGGUUGACUAGGGAUUACUAGGGAUGACUGGGAUGACUAGGGAUGACUAGGGAUGACUAGGGAUGACUAGGGAUGACUAGGGAUGACUAGGGAUAACUGGGAUGACUAGGGAUGACUGGGUUGACUAGGGAUAACUAGGGAUGACUGGGUUGACGAGGGAUUACUAGGGAUGACUGGGAUGACUAGGGAUGACUAGGGAUGACUAGGGAUGAGUAGGGAUGACUAAGGAUGACUGGGAUGACUAGGGAUGACUGGGUUGACUAGGGAUUACUAGGGAUGACUGGGAUGACUAGGGAUGACUAGGGAUGACUAGGGAUGACUGGGAUGACUAGGGAUGACUAGGGAUGACUAGGGAUGACUAGGGAUGACUAGGAUGACUGGGAUGACUAGGGAUGACUGGGAUGACUAGGGAUGACUGGGAUGACUAGGGAUUACUAGGGAUGACUGGGAUGACUAGGGAUGACUAGGGAUGACUAGGGAUGACUAGGGAUGACUAGGGAUGACUAGGGAUGACUAGGGAUGACUAGGAUGACUAGGGAUGACAAGGGAUGACUAGGGAUGACUAGGGAUGACUAGGGAUGACUAGGGAUGACUAGGGAUGACUAGGGAUGACUAGGGAUGACUAGGGAUGACUAGGGAUGACUAGGGAUGACUAGGGAUGACUAGGGAUGACUAGGGAUGACUAGGGAUGACUAGGGAUGACUAGGGAUGACUAGGGAUGACCAGGGAUGACUAGGAUGACUAGGGAUGACUAGGGAUGACUAGGGAUGACUAGGGAUGACUAGGGAUGACUAGGGAUGACUAGGGAUGACUAGGGAUGACUAGGGAUGACUAGGGAUGACUAGGGAUGACUAGGGAUGACUAGGGAUGACUAGGGAUGACUAGGGAUGACUAGGGAUGACUAGGGAUGACUGGGAUGACUAGGGAUGACUAGGGAUGACUAGGGAUGACUAGGGAUGACUAGGAAUGACUAGGGAUGACUAGGGAUGACUAGGGAUGACUAGGGAUGACUAGGGAUGACUAGGGAUGACUAGGGAUGACUAGGGAUGACUAGGGAUGACUAGGGAUGACUAGGAUGACUAGGGAUGACUAGGGAUGACUAGGGAUGACUAGGGAUGACUAGGGAUGACUAGGGAUGACUAGGGAUGACUAGGGAUGACUAGGGAUGACUAGGGAUGACUAGGGAUGACUAGGGAUGACUAGGGAUGACUGGGAUGACUAGGGAUGACUGGGAUGACUAGGGAUGACUAGGGAUGACUAGGGAUGACUAGGGAUGACUAGGGAUGACUAGGGAUGACUAGGGAUGACUAGGGAUGACUAGGGAUGACUAGGGAUGACUAGGGAUGACUAGGGAUGACUGGGAUGACUAGGGAUGACUGGGUUGACUAGGGAUUACUAGGGAUGACUGGGAUGACUGAAAUGACUAGGGAUGACUAGGGAUGACUGGGAUGACUAGGGAUGACUAGGGAUGACUAGGGAUGACUAGGGAUGACUGGGAUGACUAGGGAUGACUAGGAUGACUAGGGAUGACUAGGGAUGACUGGGAUGACUAGGGAUGACUAGGGAUGACUGGGAUGACUAGGGAUGACUAGGGAUGACUAGGGAUGACUAGGGAUGACUAGGGAUGACUAGGGAUGACUAGGGAUGACUAAGGAUGACUAGGGAUGACUAGGGAUGACUAGGGAUGACUGGGAUGACUAGGGAUGACUAGGGAUGACUAGGAUGACUAAGGAUGACUAGGGAUGACUGGGAUGACUAGGGAUGACUAGGUAUAUAGGGAUGACUAGGGAUGACUAGGGAUGACUAGGGAUGACUAAGGAUGACUAAGGAUGACUAGGGAUGACUAGGGAUGACUGGGAUGACUAGGGAUGACUAGGGAUGACUGGGAUGACUAGGGAUGACUAGGGAUGACUAGGGAUGACUAGGGAUGACUAGGGAUGACUAGGGAUGACUGGGAUGACUAGGGAUGACUAGGGAUGACUAGGGAUGACUAGGGAUGACUAGGGAUGACUAGGGAUGACUAGGGAUGACUAGGGAUGACUAGGGAUGACUCGGGAUGACUAGGGAUGACUAGGGAUGACUAGGGAUGACUAGGGAUGACUAGGGAUGACUAGGGAUGACUAGGGAUGACUAGGGAUGACUAGGGAUGACUAGGAUGACUAGGGAUGACUAGGGAUGACUAGGGAUGACUAGGGAUGACUAGGGAUGACUAGGGAUGACUAGGGAUGACUAGGGAUGACUAGGGAUGACUAGGGAUGACUAGGGAUGACUAGGGAUGACUAGGGAUGACUAGGGAUGACUAGGGAUGACUAGGGAUGACUAGGGAUGACUAGGGAUGACUAGGGAUGACUAGGGAUGACUAGGGAUGACUGGGAUGACUAGGGAUGACUAGGGAUGACUGGGAUGACUAGGGAUGACUAGGGAUGACUAGGGAUGACUAGGGAUGACUAGGGAUGACUAAGGAUGACUAGGGAUGACUAGGGAUGACUAGGGAUGACUGGGAUGACUAGGGAUGACUGGGAUGACUAGGGAUGACUAGGGAUGACUAGGGAUGACUAGGGAUGACUAGGGAUGACUAGGGAUGACUAGGGAUGACUAGGGAUGACUAGGGAUGACUAGGGAUGACUAGGGAUGACUAGGGAUGACUAGGGAUGACUAGGGAUGACUGGGAUGACUAGGGAUGACUAGGGAUGACUAGGGAUGACUAGGGAUGACUAGGGAUGACUGAUGACUAGGGAUGACUAGGGAUGACUAGGGAUGACUAGGGAUGACUAGGGAUGACUGGGAUGACUAGGGAUGACUAGGGAUGACUGGGAUGACUAGGGAUGACUAGGGAUGACUAGGGAUGACUAGGGAUGACUGGGAUGACUAGGGAUGACUAGGGAUGACUAGGGAUGACUGGGAUGACUAGGGAUGACUAGGGAUGACUAGGGAUGACUAGGGAUGACUAGGGAUGACUAGGGAUGACUAGGGAUGACUGGGAUGACUAGGGAUGACUAGGGAUGACUAGGGAUGACUAGGGAUGACUGGGAUGACUAGGGAUGACUAGGGAUGACUAGGGAUGACUAGGGAUGACUGGGAUGACUAGGGAUGACUAGGGAUGACUGGGAUGACUAGGGAUGACUAGGAUGACUAGGGAUGACUGGGAUGACUAGGGAUGACUAGGGAUGACUAGGAAUGACUAGGGAUGGCUGGGUUGACUAGGGAUGACUAGGGAUGACUAGGGAUGACUAGGGAUGACUAGGGAUGACUAGGGAUGACUAGGGAUGACUAGGGAUGACUAGGGAUGACUAGGGAUCACUGGGAUGACUAGGGAUGACUGGGAUGACUAGGGAUGCCUAGGGAUGACUGGGAUGACUGGGGAUGACUAGGGAUGACUAGGAUAACUGGGAUGACUGGGGAUGACUGGGAUGACUGGGGAUGACUGGGAUGACUGGGGAUGACUAGGGAUGACUAGGGAUGACUAGGGAUGACAAGGGAUGACUAGGGAUGACUGGGAUGACUAGGGAUGACUAGGGAUGACUAGGGAUGACUAGGGAUGACUGGGAUGACUAGGGAUGACUAGGGAUGACUAGGGAUGACUAGGGAUGACUAGGGAUGACUAGGGAUGACUGGGAUGACUAGGGAUGACUAGGGAUGACUGGGAUGACUAGGGAUGACUAGGGAUGACUGGGAUGACUAGGGAUGACUAGGGAUGACUAGGGAUGACUAGGGAUGACUAGGGAUGACUAGGGAUGACUAGGGAUGACUAGGGAUGACUAGGGAUGACUAGGGAUGACUAGGGAUGACUAGGGAUGACUAGGGAUGACUAGGGAUGACUAGGGAUGACUAAGGAUGACUAGGGAUGACUAGGGAUGACUAGGGAUGACUAGAGAUGACUAGGGAUGACUAGGGAUGACUAGGGAUGACUAGGGAUGACUGAGGGAUGACUAGGGAUGACUAGGGAUGACUAGGGAUGACUAGGGAUGACUAGGGAUGACUAGGGAUGACUAGGGAUGACUAGGGAUGACUAAGGAUGACUAGGGAUGACUAGGGAUGACUAGGGAUGACUGGGAUGACUAGGGAUGACUAGGGAUGACUAGGGAUGACUAGGGAUGACUAGGGAUGACUAGGGAUGACUGGGAUGACUAGGGAUGACUAGGGAUGACUAGGGAUGACUAGGGAUGACUAGGGAUGACUAGGGAUGACUAGGGAUGACUAGGGAUGACUAGGGAUGACUAGGGAUGACUAGGGAUGACUAGGGAUGACUAGGGAUGACUAGGGAUGACUAGGGAUGACUAGGGAUGACUAGGGAUGACUAGGGAUGACUGGGAUGACUAGGGAUGACUAGGGAUGACUAGGGAUGACUAGGGAUGACUAGGGAUGACUAGGGAUGACUGGGAUGACUAGGGAUGACUGGGAUGACUAGGGAUGACUAGGGAUGACUAGGGAUGACUAGGGAUGACUAGGGAUGACUGGGAUGACUAGGGAUGACUAGGGAUGACUAGGGAUGACUAGGGAUGACUGGGAUGACUAGGGAUGACUAAGGAUGACUAGGGAUGACUGGGAUGACUAGGGAUGACUAGGGAUGACUGGGAUGACUAGGGAUGACUAGGGAUGACUAGGGAUGACAAGGGAUGACUAGGGAUGACUAGGGAUGACUAGGGAUGACUAGGGAUGACUAGGGAUGACUAGGGAUGACUAGGAUGACUAGGGAUGACUAGGGAUGGCUGGGAUGACUAGGGAUGACUAGGGAUGACUGGGAUGACUAGGGAUGACUAGGGAUGACUAGGGAUGACUAGGGAUGACUAGGAUGACUAGGGAUGACUAGGGAUGACUGGGGAUGACUAGGGAUGACUAUGACUAGGGAUGACUAGGGAUGACUAGGGAUGACUAGGGAUGACUGGGAUGACUAGGGAUGACUAGGGAUGACUAGGGAUGACUAGGAUGACUAGGGAUGACUAGGGAUGACUAGGGAUGACUAGGGAUGACUAGGGAUGACUGGGAUGACUAGGGAUGACUAGGGAUGACUGGGAUGACUAGGGAUGACUAGGGAUGACUAGGGAUGACUAGGGAUGACUAGGGAUGACUAGGGAUGACUGGGAUGACUAGGGAUGACUAGGGAUGACUAGGGAUGACUAGGGAUGACUAGGGAUGACUAGGGAUGACUAGGGAUGACUGGGAUGACUAGGGAUGACUAGGGAUGACUGGGAUGACUAGGAUGACUAGGGAUGACUAGGGAUGACUGGGAUGACUAGGGAUGACUGGGAUGACUAGGGAUGACUAGGGAUGACUAGGGAUGACUAGGGAUGACUAGGGAUGACUAGGGAUGACUGGGAUGACUAGGGAUGACUAGGGAUGACUAGGGAUGACUAGGGAUGACUAGGGAUGACUAGGGAUGACUAGGGAUGACUGGGAUGACUAGGGAUGACUAGGGAUGACUAGGGAUGACUAGGGAUGACUGGGAUGACUAGGGAUGACUAGGGAUGACUAGGGAUGACUAGGGAUGACUAGGGAUGACUGGGAUGACUAGGGAUGACUAGGGAUGACUAGGGAUGACUAGGGAUGACUAGGGAUGACUGGGAUGACUAGGGAUGACUAGGGAUGACUGGGAUGACUAUGGAUGACUAGGGAUGACUAGGGAUGACUAGGAUGACUAGGGAUGACUAGGGAUGACUAAGGAUGACUAGGGAUGACUGAGGAUAACAAAGGAUUACUGGGAUGACUAUGGAUGACUAGGGAUGACUAGGAAUGACGAGGCAUGACUGGGAUGACUACGGAUGACUAGGAUGACUAGGAAUGACUAGGGAUGAUUAGAGAUGACUAGGAUGACUAGGGAUGACUAGGAAGGACUGGGAUGACUAAGGAUGACUAGGGAUGGCUAGGAAUGACUAGGAUAACAAGGGAUGACUAGGGAUGACUAGCAUGACUAGGGAUCCCUCGGAUGACUAGGGAGUACUAGGGAUGACUAGGGAUGACUGGGAUGACUAGGGAUGACUGGGAUGACUAGGGAUGACUAGGGAUGACUUGGUUGACUAGGGAUGACUAGGGAUGACUAGGGAUGACUAGGGAUGACUAGGGAUGACUGGGAUGACUAGGAAUGACUAGGGAUGACUGGGAUGACUAGGGAUGACUAGGGAUGACUAGGGAUGACUAGGGAUGACUAGGGAUGACUGGGGAUGACUAGGGAUGACUAGGGAUGACUGGGAUGACUAGGGAUGAAUGGGAUGACUAGGGAUAAUUAGGGAUGACUAGGGAUAACAGGGGAUGACUAGAGAUGACUAGGGAGGAAAAGGGAUGACCGGGAUGACUAGGGAUGACUAGGGAUGACUAGGAUGAGUGAGACGACUAGGGAUAACUAGGGAUGACUAAGGAUGACUAGGGAUGACUGGGGUGACUAGGGAUCACUGGGAUGACUAGGGAUGACUAGGGAUGACGAGGGAUGACUAGGGAUGACUAGGGAUGACUAGGGAUGACUGGGAUGACUAGGGAUGACUGGGAUGACUAGGGAUGACUAGGGAUGACUAGGGAUGACUAGGGAUGAGUAGGGAUGACUAGGGAUGACUAGGGAUGACUGGGAUGACUAGGGAUGACUAGGGAUGACUAGGGAUGACUAGGGAUGACUAGGGAUGACUAGGGAUGACUAGGGAUGACUAGGGAUGACUAGGGAUGACUAGGGAUGACUAAGGAUGACUAGGGAUGACUAGGGAUGACUAGAUGGGGAUGACUAGGGAUGACUAGGGAUGACUAAGGAUGACUAGGGAUGACUAGGGAUGACUAGGGAUGACUAGGGAUGACUAGGGAUGACUAGGGAUGACUAGGGAUGACUAGGGAUGACUGGGAUGACUAGGGAUGACUAGGGAUGACUGGGAUGACUAGGGAUGACUAGGGAUGACUGGGAUGACUAGGGAUGACUGGGAUGACUAGGGAUGACUAGGGAUGACUAGGGAUGACUAGGGAUGACUAGGGAUGACUGGGAUGACUAGGGAUGACUGGGAUGACUAGGGAUGACUAGGGAUGACUAGGGAUGACUAGGGAUGACUAGGGAUGACUGGGAUGACUAGGGAUGACUGGGUUGACUAGGGAUUACUAGGGAUGACUGGGAUGACUAGGGAUGACUAGGGAUGACUAGGGAUGACUAGGGAUGACUAGGGAUGACUAGGGAUGACUAGGGAUGACUAGGGAUGACUAGGGAUGACUGGGAUGACUAGGGAUGACUAUUGAUGACUGGGAUGACUAGGGAUGACUGGGAUGACUAGGGAUGACUAGGGAUGACUGGGAUGACUAGGGAUGACUAGGGAUGACUAGGGAUGACUAGGGAUGACUGGGAUGACUAGGGAUGACUAGGGAUGACUAGGGAUGACUAGGGAUGAGUAGGGAUGACUGGGAUGACUAGGGAUGACUAGGGAUGACUAGGGAUGACUAGGGAUGACUAGGGAUGACUAGGGAUGACUAGGGAUGACUAGGGAUGACUAGGGAUGACUAGGGAUGACUAGGGAUGACUAGGGAUGACUAGGGAUGACUAGGGAUGACUAGGGAUGACUCGGGAUGACUAGGGAUUACUAGGGAUGACUAGGGAUGACUAGGGAUGACUAGGGAUGACUAGGGAUGACUAGGGAUGACUACUAGGGAUGACUAGGGAUGACUGGGAUGACUAGGGAUGACUAGGGAUGACUAGGGAUGACUGGGAUGACUAGGGAUGACUAGGGAUGACUAGGGAUGACUAGGGAUGACUGGGAUGACUAGGGAUGACUAGGGAUGACUAGGGAUGACUCGGGAUGACUAGGGAUGACUAGGGAUGACUGGGAUGACAAGGGAUGACUAGGGAUGACUAGGGAUGACUAGGGAUGACUGGGAUGACAAGGGAUGACUAGGGAUGACUAGGGAUGACUAGGGAUGACUAGGAUGACUGGGAUGACUAGGGAUGACUAGGGAUGACUAGGGAUGACUAGGGAUGACUAGGGAUGACUGGGAUGACUAGGGAUGACUAGGGAUGACUGGGAUGACUAGGGAUGACUAGGGAUGACUAGGGAUGACUAGGGAUGACUAGGGAUGACUAGGGAUGACUAGGGAUGACUAGGGAUGACUGGGAUGACUAGGGAUGACUAGGGAUGACUGGGAUGACUAGGGAUGACUAGGGAUGACUAGGGAUGACUAGGGAUGACUGGGAUGACUAGGGAUGACUGGGGAUGACUAGGGAUGACUAGGGAUGACUGGGAUAACUAGGGAUGACUGGGUUGAUUGGGGAUUACUAGGGAUGACUGGGAUGACUAGGGAUGAAUGGGGAUGACUAGGGAUGAUUAGGGAUGAGUAGGGAUGACUGGGAUGACUCGGGAUGACUAGGGAUGACUGGGAUGACUAGGGAUUACUAGGGAUGACUAGGGAUGACUGGGAUGACUAAAGAUGACUAGGGAUGACUGGGAUGACUAGGGAUGACUUGGAUGACUAGGGAUGACUGGGUUGACUAGGGAUGACUAGGGAUGACUAGUGAUGACUAGGGAUGACUGGGAUGACUAGGGAUGACUAGGGAUGACUAGGGUGACUAGGGAUGACUGGGAUGACUAGGGAUGACUGGGUUGACUAGGGAUUACUGGGAUGACUAGGAAUGACUAGGGAUGCCUAGGGAUGACUAGGGAUGACUAGGGAUGACUGGGAUGACUAGGGAUGACUAGGGAUGACUAGGGAUGACUAGGGAUGACUAGGGAUGACUAGGGAUGACUAGUGAUGACUAGGGAUGACUAGGGAUGACUAGGGAUGACUGGGAUUACUAGGGAUGAGUAGGGAUGACUAGGGAUGACUAGGGAUGACUAGGGUUGACUGGGAUGACUAGGGAUGACUAGGGAUGACUAGGGAUGACUACGGAUGACUAGGGAUGACUGGGUUGACUAGGGAUGACUAGGGAUGACUGGGGAUGACUAGGGAUGACUGGGAUGACACGAAAUGACUUGGGAUGACUAGGAUGACUAGGGAUGACCAGGUAAGAGUUGGGAUGACUGGGGAUGACUGGGAUGACUAGGGAUGACUAUGGAUGACUGGGAUGACUAGGGAUGACUUGGGAUAAGUAGGGAUGACUAGGGAUGACUAUUGAUGACUAGGGAUGUCUAGGGAUGACUGGGAUGACUAGGGAUGACUAGGGAUUACUAGAGUUUACUGGGAUGACUAGAGAUGACUCAUGAGGACUAGGGAUGACAAGGGAUGACUGGGAUGACAAGGGAUGACUGAGGUGACUAGGGAUGACUAGGGAUGACUGGGAUGACUAGGGAUGACUAGGGAUGACUGGGGUGACUAGGGAUGACUAGGGAUGACUAGGGAUGACUGGGGUGACUAGGGAUGACUAGGGAUGACUGGGAUGACUUUUAUUACUAUGGAUCGCUAGGGAUGACUAGGGAUAACUAGGGAUUUCUGGGAUGACCUGGGAUGACUAGGAAUGACUGGGAUUACUCGGGAUGACUAGGGAUGACUAGGGAUGACAGAGAUGAGUAGGGAUUACUAGGGAUGACUGGGAUGACUGGGAUGACUAGAGAUGACUUGUGAUUAUUGGGGAUGACAAGGGAUGACUGGGAUAACUAGGGAUUACUAGGGAUGACUAAGGAUGACUGGGAUGACUAGGGAUGACUAGAGAUGAGUAGGGAUGCCUAGGGAUAACUAGGGAUGACUAGGGAUGACUCGGAAUGACUUGUGAUGGCUGGGAUGACUAGGGAUGACCAGGUAAGAGUUGGGAUGAUUGGGGAUGACUGGGAUGACUUGGGAUGACUAGGGAUGACUGGGAUGACUAGGGAUGACUUGGGAUGAGUAGGGAUGACUAGGGAUGCCUAUUGACGACUAGGUAUGACUAGGGAUGACUGGGAUGACUAGGGAUGAUUAGGGAUGUGUAGGGAUGUCUGGGAUGACUAGGGAUGACUGGGAUGAUCAGGGAUGACUAGGGAUGACUAGGGAUGACUGGGAUGACUAGGGAUGACUCGGGAUGACUGAGAUGAGUCGUGAUGACUAGGGAUGACUGGGAUGAGUAGGGAUUACUAGGGAUGACUAGGGAUAACUCGGGAUGACUGGGAUGACUAGAGAUGUCUUGUGAUGACUAGGGAUGACAAGGGAUUACUGGGAUGACUAGGGAUGACUAGGGAUGACUAGGGAUGAGUAGGGAUGACUGGGGAUGACUGGGACGAGUAGGGAUGACUAGAGAUGCCUAGGGAUGACUAGGGAUGACUUGGAAUGACUUGAGAUGACUGGGAUGACUAGGGAUGACCAGGGAAGAUUUGGGAUGACUGGGGAUGACUGGGAUGACCUGGGAUGACUAGGGAUGACUGGGAUGACUAGGAAUUAGUAGGAAUGACUAAGGAUGACUAGGGAUGAAUAGUGAUGACUAGGGAUGUCUAGGGAUGACUGGGAUGACUAGGGAUGACUGGGAUGACCAGGGAUGACUAGGGAUUACUAGGAAUGUCUAGGGAUGACUCGCGAUGGCUAGGGAUGACUAGGGAUGACUACGGAUGACUAUGGAUGACUGGGGAUGACUAUGGAUGACUAGGAAUGAUUGGGAUUACUAGGGAUGACUGGGAUGACUAGGGAUGACUAGAAGGGACUAGGGAUUUCUACGGAUGACUAGGGAUGACUAGCGAUGACUGGUAAUGAUUAGCGAGGACUAUUGAUGAAUAGGGAUGAUUGGGGUGACUAGGGAUGACUAGGGAUUACUAGGGAUGACUGGGAUGACUAGGGAUGACUAGGGAUGACUGGGAUGACUAGGGAUUACUAGGCAUGACUAGGGAUGACUGGGAUGACUAGGGAUGACUCGGGAUGACUAGGGAUGUGUGGGAUGACUGGGGAUGACUGGGGAUGAGUAGGGAUGACUAGGGAUGACUGGGAUUACUAGGGAUGACUUGGGAUGACUAGGGAUGACUAGGGAUGAGUAGGGAUGACUGUGAUGACUAGAGAUGACUCGUGAUGACUAGGGAUGACUAGGGAUGACUGGGAUGACUAGGGAUGAGUAGGAAUGAGUUUGGAUGACUAGGGAUGACUGGGAUGACAAGGGAUGACUAUGGAUGACUGGGAAUGACUUGAGAUGACUGGGAUGACUAGGGAUGACCAGGGAAGAUUUGGGAUAACUGGGGAUGACUGGGAUGACCUGGGAUGACUAGGGAUGACUGGGAUGACUAGGAGUUAGUAGGAAUGACUAAGGAUGACUAGGGAUGAAUAGUGAUGACUAGGGAUGUCUAGGGAUGACUGGGAUGACUAGGGAUGACUGGGAUGACCAGGGAUGACUAGGGAUUACUAGGAAUGUCUAGGGAUGACUCGGGAUGGCUAGGGAUGACUAGGGAUGACUACGGAUGACUAUGGAUGACUGGGGAUGACUAUGGAUGACUAGGAAUGAUUGGGAUUACUAGGGAUGACUAGGGAUGACUAGAAGGGACUAGGGAGUUCUACGGAUGACUAGGGAUGACUAGCGAUGACUGGUAAUGACUAGCGAGGACUAUUGAUGAAUAGGGAUGAUUGGGAUGACUAGGGAUGACUAGGGAUUACUAGGGAUGACUGGGAUGACUAGGGAUGACUAGGGAUGACUGGGAUGACUAGGGAUUACUAGGCAUGACUAGGGAUGACUAGGGAUGACUCGGGAUGGCUAGGGAUGAGUGAGAUGACUGGGGAUGACUGGGGAUGAGUAGGGAUGAGUAGGGAUGACUGGGAUUACUAGGGAUGACUAGGGAUGACUAGGGAUGACUGUGAUGACUAGAGAUUACUCGUGAUGAGUAGGGAUGACUAGGGAUGACUAGGGAUGACUGGGAUGACUAGGGAUGAGUAGGAAUGAGUUUGGAUGACUAGGGAUGACUGGGAUGACAAGGGAUGACUAUGGAUGACUGGGAUGACUAGGAAUGACUAGGAGGGACUAGGGAUGUCUAGGGAUGACUAGGGAUGACUAGGGAUGACUUGGAUGCUUAGGAAUGAUUAGGGAUGACUAGGUAUGACUGGGAUGACUAGGGAUGACUAUUGAUCACUGGGAUGACUAGGGAUGACUAGGGAUGACUGGGAUGACUAUGGAUGACUAGGGAUGACUAGGGAUGACUGGGAAUGAUUAGGGAUUACUAGGGAUGACUAGUUAUGACUAGGGGUUACUUGGAUGGCUGGGUAUUGUGCAAUUAUUUUAAAUGCUUUAUAUCAAACAUGGAUCACAAUGUUUGAUUACAAUAUCAAAUAAUAAGAAAACAAUGGCUAAAUUUUGACGUGGAGCGGGCUAUUUUUGCCGAACUUAAAAGUUGUUUAUAUUGUAUUUGAUGAAAUACUGUCUAAUUUUUUAUUAUUUUAUUACUUUAAAAAUAAUUUUUAGAAGGAGCAGUUACGAAUAUAAAGAUGUCGAGUUUUUCACCUGAUUUCCAAAUAAUCACUCAAAUUUAGUUGCCUUGGUAUUUUCUGUAUAAAUUACUAAUGUUUCGAGAAGGUCAAACGCAAAUCCCUUUAAAACAAUUUUUUUAGAGAUCAGCUUUGAGAUGUAACGAGCGGUAGAGUUUUAUCUUUUUUUUGGUUUCUUAGAUGCUAUCGAAGAGUCAGCUAAUCGAGCAGACACUGAUGAAACAGUCGAGGACCGCAACCUAGAUACGUCAUUGGUGGAAAUGCUGGAUGACGUGAUCAUGCUUUAUCACAUUGCCGUACACAAACAGCUUUCCAAAGUACGAAGAAUCAGUAUUUGUAAAAUUAUUAUGUGAAGAGUUCAACAUGCCUAAUACAGUUGACUCUCGGCUUGCGGACACCCUGCUAUAACGGACACGCCGAUAAUACGGACAGCAACUAAAUCCCAGGCAAAAAUAAAGUACUGUGUACAGACGUUUGACUGACAUAAACUCCUGCUGUUACGGACCCUCCCUAACACUAACUCAAGCCGCGUAAGCACUGUUUUCAGUUUCUCUUGAGGCGCUUGUAAGCCCCAAGAGAAACUGAAAACAUUGCUCAUUGAAAAUUUUUGGAGGGACAAAGAAGAGUAGUAAAGUAUUUUAAAAAAGGCCCAUGACGACGGCUAUCACGUUUUCCCGCCAAAAUGACGCUGGCGCUCACGCGAACACCACAUAUUGUCCUCAUAGUGCUAGUCUUAGAAUCUAACGGUCUCCAAUGAAAAGAUAAUACUGACAAUAUAAUGUAGCGUUUGUGGACAGUACGUUUAUUUCUUUCAGGUAAGAGCCGUGCGAGAUAACAUGAAACAGAACAUCAAAGCACUCGAAGAAACGAUGUCCAAGAUCAGACGGUGCGAGCCAGAGGUACUGCAGUGUAGUUGUACAGCAGACAGGAUUCCAUUAUCCAAAUUCAAAAAUCCAAAUCCAAUUGAAAUCUGGCCAUUACCCAUGUGAAGGUUGGGUCCCCCGUUUGUUUUCCCGCUCUUCGAGGUCACAUGAGUGAUGACCCAGUCUUAGUUCUUCUUGUUAUGUUUAGUUUUGGGUGUUCACUCGAAAUAAAGACCAAAAAGUGACCAAACAUCUACCUGAACUUUAUCAACUGCAUUGUUGGGGCGACUGUAUUGAUGGAGCAGACUGUCCCCCUUCUUGUCUCAGGGUCUAGAUGACCCUCCCCCCCCACACCCACUCAUCCGAAGCUCUGGAUCUGGCACUGCAGUGUGUCCUUUGCUUUCUAGCAAGGCGUUUGUGUACCACGUGAAUAGCUGGCUGCAAGGGGCUUAUAGUCUUGAUAGUAUAUUCUACUUCACGUUAACAUGUAAUUCUUCCGCACAUUCUAGUGGUAAACGUGCUGUCAAAUCUCGUAACCGGUAGCUAUAAUAUAUAAAAACCGUGGGGAGAAAGCAAAAUACAAAACAAAACAUAUAAAAACUCCCAAUUCUUCUGUUUCUGCUCCUUCUUCGGUAUUUGCAACUUGAGCCACGAGGCUCUUAGAAACUUUUAUUUUCAUUGGCCUUUGAAAACACACCUGUUAGAGGAAUGGGUCCGAGCUGUCGGCGCAAUGAUUUCUGGGAUUGUUUUGGUGGAUAAGCAAAAAAACAACUCGGUCGGAGAGAUUCGUUGCGCCAAAGUGAGCAUCUAAAGUAGCCAACGCCUAUUACCAGCAACAACAAUUUUCCUCUAACUGUCUGGUCCACGUACGCCUCCAGAAUGACUUUGUUUUUUACCUUUGUUUAGAGAACAGACAUUUUAACAGAGCUGGAAAGAUCAAAACGCGUCUUCAUGCAGGAAACAACCAAUUGUGCAAGACAUAUGGCUUGGGUGCAAACUCUCAUCUUUACUGAGGUUUGUUUUAGAUCUAAAUCAAAGCGGACUCAAACACUCUUCACUUCCUUCAACAUCUUUAAAGUUCAUUUUCACAACGACCAUCCACUUUUUUGCAGGAAAAACAAGGCGAUGUGCACUGGAUGUUACAGUGUAUCUUAUCGUCUGUGGAGCGAGGUGCCACCAAGGGACCCCUGUUCGAAUUCACGCCUGAGUUCUAUAUGGAUGCCGCUAUCAAUGCGUUCCACGGGCUCAGGCACUACUUUCACCCAACGACAAACUUCAAUGACAUUCCAGGUACAAUUUUCUUCUAAAGUCGCCACUUUCUAAGACGGACACCUUUGCGACCGCCACUAAGUGUCCGUCUUAAAGAGGGUCGAAUAAACCUGAGAGAGUAAAGAAAGGCAGGGACCAACUCUAGCUGUUCGUUUUAUAGACGCGUCCUUUAAGAGAGAGGGACUGUAAAUAAGGACCAGGUAUAGCAUCGUUUAGUUUUGCCGUUUUAAAUCAUGUUAGACUGUCUACAAACAAUUUGAAUUGCCCUCUUGUCUCAAGAGAAUUGUUACAGCUUCGAGGUAUUCGAAUGCAAACAUUUCAAAAUCACCGCGGUACAGCUCUCCAGGUGCUUAAUAUAAGUACCAGGAAGCUGGGAAUAGUACUCAUAGCCUACUGAUCAGGAAUAUCUAAACAAAUGAUGUAAAUCAAUAUCAUGUAAACAGUUGUUUUAUUGUUUUUUAAUUAUGUUACACUGCCUAUCAACGAUUUGAAUUGUCCUCCUUGCUUGUAUUGUGUCUCAAGAGAGGUUUCACAGCACCGAGGUAUUCGUAUCCAAACAUUUCAAAAUCACUGCGGUAUAGCUCUCCAAGUCGCUUAAUAUACUCGGUAGGAACCUGGGAAUAGUACUCAAGAACUUCAUCUGUGUUGGUCGAUUCGUGAAUUGGCGGGAAAGUCACGCGGUCGUCAAUUCCCGCCGUUUUUAACAAGAGGGGAGCGUCCUCAGCCAUGGUCUCCAAGUGUCCAAUGAAAGUGUAGUUGACAAGACACGGAUGGCAGAGUUUUUCAUAUUCCCGCCAAUGCUGAUUUCGUGGAAUAUCUUCGGAAAAGUAUUUAAUAAAUUCUGCAAAGCUAACGAAAUUUUCAUUUUUGUUCAAAUCUUGCGGUCGAUAUUUGUUUAUGAUGUAUUGCCGAUCUAAUCUACUCAAUUUCGCGUCUCCUCCUAUAAACUUGUCCUUGUACGCCGACAGCAAACGUUUUAGAGGCUCGCGAACAAAAAGAAACUUGAAAUAUGUCUUAAUGCGUAUUGCUCUUUCUUCUUCGUUGUAUUGGUACAAGCGAUUCCACAAAUCCCACUCGUGGACCUAGAAAAUGCAAGAAACUCAAUAAACACGCAGUAAAUAGAUAAAUAAGUUAAUAGUAAAUAAGUUGCUAAACUUAUCUGAAAGUCCUGCCGUUUCAUACUUUGAUGAGGGUUUCUGAAAUUUGUUUGUGAAAGGGACAACCUCGCAAAUUCAGUGCCUUCCGUUUCCUGAGUUUUCUGUUGAAUGGUUGGCUCGAAAUCUUAGGAAAACCUUCCCAGAAAAUCAUUCAUUCCAGCGUAGACCUCGGUUGUGUGGUACAACCUUUCAUGGGCUGGGUGGGUAAUGAAGAGGUUGAUAUCAAUUGGGACGUUAGUUCUGAUUCAUCCCUUAUCACCGUGUUGAGUCACCGUGGCGAACUCAACAAAGAAAAAAGGAAAAUCCGAAUGGAUUGUGCCCACAAAUUGCUGGCUUCGAGCAGCCACUUGAAGGGGUCGACAUUGGCUUGAAGACAAGUAGACGAGCCAAAUAGAACCAGAAACUCAUAAGGGGUUUUCAACCACUUAUGAGUUUCUGAUAAAACCUAAUGUCGUCGAUAAGACUGAAAAAUUAACGUCCCUUUUUCACGCUUUUCUAAACGGCUUUGGUCAUCUUACCGACUUCUCGUUUUUCACCUUGAUCCCACGCAGUUUUGCCAACACGUUCUUCCAGGUUGUCGUGCUUACUUUGGGAAUUGUACAGUAGAUGAUCUUGUGUUCAUCAUCAACCACAAUGUAGCCUAAACUAUCACGAUUCACUUUAGGUUCCUUCUCGUAUGAAUGCGUAAGACAAUAUUCCUCCACGAUCUUUCUCCUGGCCAUCUGCCUUGCUGUAGCAUCUGCAAUAAACGUGUCAAAAACGUUAUCGGCGCCUUGAAAGAUCGCGCGUACGUUGUAUUAGCUUUGGUUAAGUAUUACUGACUAGCUGCCGUCUGUCAUAAAACAUUCCGGGCUUUUACCUUAGGAUUCCAAAAAGAACCCUCUCCCCAAAAGUCGCGGGUCCUUGAAAAACUAGUUGCUCAAAAAUAAAAGCCGAAAUGUGAUGUAUUUAUUCAUUUAUUUAUCUAUUUUAGUUAGAGGAAUUUUUCCCGGUAACUAGAACGCACGGGUAACCUAUUUCAUUCAACAAAAAGCCUUUAUCAUCACAUUUUCAGGACAGCUUCAUUCAUAACCGACUGAGCCUUUGACAUAGCUAACGCUAUAGUAGCUUGUUUGCAGUUGUGCUUGAGAAUUAGUUGGUAUUGAAUCGCAUUGUGGGACUCUUUUAGGGGACGAAUUUUGACCUAGUUUGCUGCGGAACCUCGUAACAGCCAAUAGAUUGAUUAAGCAUCGCGUUUACGGCAAACGUGAGAUUUUCAAAAUGAGAAAUGAGCAGAUAAAAACAGCGUAAACCAAUUGUUAUGGAUAGAAUUGGCGUGAAUCCACCGAUUUUCGUGUAGUUAUAAUGAACAGUAAUUAUUAGGGACUUAAAGAUUCAACGACCCGACGGCAGCGAGAACAUCUUAAAAACAAUAGGUUUAAUUAGCCAAACAAGGACUUUACACGUGCUUCACGCUUUUUUACAUUUCUUUCCCUGUUUUGCACAACUACGGUGUGAAAAUGCCUAAUUUCGUGUUUUACGGAGAACGUAAACACGCAACGACGAAAUGUUAUUUCGCUUUCUGAACUUGAAUAUGGCCUCUUGGAUUCAAAUGUAGGAGGGUCCGCGUACAAUUGAGAAAGUAAGUAAGUAGGAAUUAUCGCGAUAAAGACUGAAAGAACGCGAAUUCACUUUUAAAGCGACGUUCUCGUUGCUGUCUCGUCGCUGGAUUUUAAAGUCCGUAAUGAAAGAAGCGAUCGCGUCCCCAAACCGCCCCCACAGUGCAAUUCGAUACAACACCGACACAGUUCCACUCGCAGCAAGGUCAUUAGCCUCUGUUUCAAGGCGAAGCUAAGUGCGAAGAUAUUGAUAUGAAAAUUAUUAUAAUUCUCAUGCAAAAAACUCGUUUUAAUAGGGAAAGUUUCGCAGUUAGCCUCGGCGUUUUGAAAGUGAGAGUUUGUUUGUUUGUUUGUUUGUUUCAACUUGGUUACGUUGUUGUUGUUUUUGUUGUUGUUUUUUAUAAGGGUAACUAAUCGUAGGCUGUGUGCAAAUUCAUAAGGAAAUCCUAUGCCUGGAUUUUCUUAAGCCUAAUAAAUUUAAAAUUUUAGUCUUGUUUUCAAUCACCCAUGUUCCCAUGGCAACUAGAAAAUGUUACCAGAAAAGAAUCAAAGCGAUUGACCCGAGGUCGACCUUCGUUUCGCGAACUAUAUUGAAAAAUACUUGGGUUUUUCGAGAGUUUAUAUUCUUUACUUGUUAGAGAUAAACUAGUGAUUUUUUUAUAAGUCUUUUGUGUGUGUGUGUGUGUGUGGCAAUCAACAUGUUUACCUAACAUGGAAUGAAAAUGACUAUUCAUGUUUUCCAAUUAUAUAAUUAUUUUUUUCAUGUGUCAUGAGGAAAUUUUAACACGUUUAAUUAAUCCAAUAUAGUCACAUUAGUAGAUUGAAAUUAUUUAAAUGUCCAGUACUUUCACAUAUUCUUUCAAUUUAUUAUCUCUCUCUUUCUCUCUUUUUUUUUUCAUUCCUCGAUUUUCAGUUCUAAAAGCUGGCAUUAAUACCCGCAUCGCAUUAAAACCCUUAUACUCAAUUUUGUACUGUCGAGUUAACAACAUAGUGUUUCAGAUAGAUUCGACUUACAUGGACUGGUACCACGUAAAACCUCGCUAACCUUCUUUCACCUCCUUUCCGUCUCUUUAGGCCGUUCUAAUUCUUCUUUUUAACCAAUUCGAACUCAAAUCGUUUCGUCUUUUUGUUAACAGAAACGAAGGACGAAACACUUACCUAAGUUGAUUCUUAUUACUUCAGUCGACACUAUCGCGGUCCAAGCUCCAUAAACAAGGAGCAAAGCGAGAGUUGAAAGAACAAAAGCAUACAAAAUAAGUUUGACGUUUCGCCUAACUAACGCUUCAAUUGCCAUUCGUAGUCGCUUUAGUUCCUGCCCUGCUUGUUAUCGGACGAUUUUCUUCUUCAAGUAUUCUUCUUCCUUUCGCGUGGAAGUGUACGGUAUGCUACUCCCCUUCACCAGCUAAAUCAUUGUCUUUUAAGUGAUUAUCUCUUUAAUUGCAUGCAUGCUUAACUUGAAGUAAGGUUUCCAUGUUAAUGUGUAAUGGAGUGCGUUUCAAGUCAACUUUUCAAGCGGUUUUUCUUGGAGAAUUUUUGGCAGGCUGCCGUUUCUUUAAGAUUUCUGUUGCUCAACCUGUCUGUCCUUGACCUGCUACUCGCCGAUGGCCUCCAUGGAAAACCCAGGAAUUAUUGCAAAGUAUUUAUACGUUCAAUCAAAUUCAAUCGGACUGAAUUAAUGCUUUUAAAGCACUUGUCAAAGAUAUUUUUUUACUUUUCGAUCUCAAGUCAUGCAGAAAUUGGUACCAGCGAAAGUAACAAUUACCAGCUCGUCAAAAGGGAUAAACUCAGCAUUGUUCUUGUUUUGUACCUACUACUCUGCAUUUUAUGUAUAUAUUUUUGACACCAGUUUCGGUGUUAUAUUUAUAGUUACAACGAUAGAAUGCUUUACAGACCUACGUGACCCCGACAACGCUGUUAGCAGUCGGAAUUAUACAUUGUAAUUUCAUGGUUUUUUUAACCUACCAUGGCCCCGAGGAAUCCCGAAUUUUAUGAAUAUUUCUUCAUUUUGGGUAUUUCAACCAGACAGGAACGCUGUUUCAAAAACUUCUGAUGUUUCUACUGUAGGUAGCACUUAGUCUUUGGGUCAAGGUAGCUCGCUUUGGCAGCUGUUUUGAUUGGUUAACAUCCUGGUUGUUUACCAUUAUUGGGAAGCUCCAGAAAAUACGAGAUAUGAUUUGAGGCCGGAUGCAAUUCAGUUUUCAACUCUUUGUAGUCUGUUCAGGUCUGAAUUUGGAUAAACAGUCAAACCCUUUAACCCUUUAAGUCCCUAAUAAUAUCCAUACAUUGUCAAGAGAUAAGGAUGUGAUAUAAAAUGAUCACCAAACAGAAAAUGCCUUGAUCUUUUAUUAAAUUCUCUCAACUAAUUCUUGAAGGAAAUGUAUGGAGAUCAGUUUGGAGAAUUUGUACAUAUGUAUAGGUUAAAUUAAGGGCGUAAAACUUAAAGGAUUAAAACAACAUACAACAGACGGGACCAUAAGAAGGUGUCCGUAAAACUUUCAACAGGGUUUCACUGUAAAAAUGUUCAGGAGGCACAUUUGUUUGCUCCUCUGAUAAUUGUUACCCCUUUAAUUUACAUAGUAAUUGAGGGCGGGUAACUAAGACCGUUUGUCCGCCCCCGCGGGUAACUAAGACCGUUUGUCCGCGCUGGAAUUUCCACUGUUGUUCCACUGCUCCACUCAUUGUGCCACUGUUGACCGCCGUCAGCGUAAAAUCUCCAUAGACGACUGGAGAGAGUUAGAAAAGAAACAAACCGAAACGAACGAUGUUGUUUUUACUCUUUUCCAGAUGCCACGAACACUCUCAACAAAAUGGCUGUCUUUCUUUGCACGCACUUUAUCGAUCAAAGAAUAAUAAACCCAGGUAAGUAUUUUGGCUUGUUGACAAUGUUUGCUUCGACUUAUAUUUCGGCAGGUGUAUUUUGCAGAACAUCAUGGCUUGCGGUGGUUAGCUCCAAAUCUAGGCUCCUCUCACCACCGUACACUUCUAUCCAAGCCAUUAAUUUUCUUUUUUCCUUCUUCUUCUCCUUUAUUAGUGUAUUCCUACCAUACUAUAUACAAUGUAAAUAUUUUAUGAAAGUGUGAAUAAAAACUGAAUUGAAUUGAAUUUAAACAGCAGUAAAGUAAGGGUGAGCAUUUAUCAGGACCACUCGAUACAGCUCCUUGUAAAACAGGCAAUUGUAUUAUUUCUUACUUACAGAUUUACGGGAUGUUAUUAUACAAGCUUUGGCUGCGUUUGUUUGUUACCCAGACAGCCUUGCGGCAGUGGAGAGUAUGCCCGAAGCACUGUAAGUUAUAAACUCGUUCCCAAUGUCCUCUCUCUCCGGCGAUGACGGAGCUAAUGCCAGAUAGAGAGAGACCUGGAACGAGUACUAAAAAGUUUGCGACAUGUUAAAGUUUCGGUAUUUGUAAUGGUAACAGGACUGCUAAUGCCGGUCUGAUAGAGAGAGUGAUUAACAAAAUCGGACGACCGCGUGGAACGAGUACUAAAAAUAACUUUUAACAAAAUUUUGUUAUAAUAAGCUAUUUUUUAAAUCAAAGCACAAGAAAUUCGAAAUUUUGUUUUGCUAGCAGUGUUUCGGUGAUGGCGCGGUCCAAAUGCGUACUGUCCUUUUGUUCAGUUGAAAAAAGUUGAUAGCGAUUUUGUCAUAGUUAUGAUUAAACGGGAAAUAGUUUUUAAAAAAAUGAUAUGAAGUGAAGUACCGGUUAUCUGCUUCCUAGUUAUUUUCAAUUUGAGGCAUUUAAUUUUAGGUUGGAAAAAUCUAUUCGUUCACUAAUGGCAGCUUACGACAAACGAUCCUGGGUUCAAACCACUUGGAUUCUGGUGCGAAUCUGGAAGGUAAGUGUCUUUUAAAAAUAAAAACAGUAAUUUAAAAACAAAAAGCAAAACAAAAUUGAAUAAACAAAAAUGAUUUAGGGACACCUUUCCUUCUCCAAGGCAGGCAAGGACAAAUUAUAUAUAAAAAAAAGCAUAGCAAAUUUCAUUCUAUUAAGGGCGGGGAAAAAAACAAACAAAACAAAUAAAUCUUCUGCUUAAACGUUUUGUUUUAAGUACUGCCACUGUAUGAAAUUUAGACUUUCUCAAAGCCCGUUUCUGGUUCGCAUUCGACUUAUGGCAAGUCUUUCAGAAAUUUCAUAUACGGCCUUGAACUACACUCGGCGUGCUGUGUCCGCACUUCUAGAGUAAUGGUUCAAAAGUCUGCCUUCAGUGCAUAUUUAAGCCUUGAAUUUGAACGCGAUGUCGGAUUGGAAUGCGUGGCAUAAGAUUCUUGUUCAGAGAAUCCCGACCAAACGAAAGGGGCCUAGCGAUGAUGAUGAUGAUUAGGAGGAUGAGGAUGACGACGAAGACCACGACGACGACGAAGGCUUCAGUGAUUCCACCAUUCUCUUUAUUGAGAUACUGGCAAAUAGGAAUUUAACCCUGUUGCGUGUUGUCUCGUCAUUUUGUUUGAAAUCACCUUUGUCUUUACUUCUGAUGCGCUGUUUUCUUGACUCUGUUUUAGGGCUGUGGUUAUGCGUUUCGUUACACAAGCUCACCAGACGCCCUCACUCUAGGACUGCCGGAGCAAGGUUAACUUUCUUCAGAACGAAUUUAGUUUAUGAAUGUCAGUAUAUUUCGAUGCCAGGCACUUAAAGUCUUUAAAUGUCCAAAAGUGACCAGCGUCUAAUCUCUGCUUAUCAUAUCGCUCUUUUUUGAAACAGAAGGGUCAUAGAAAUAAGAUAUAAGCCGAUCAUUAAAGGUAUAAUGUUUAGAUUGUUUAACAAGUUCUUUUCGUUUGUAUCCGAUAAAAAUGUGCAGAUAGCAGUGUUGCCGAGAAAAAACAUGUGUUGCCUGCGUAACAAGCUUCAUAGAUAAGCGAUGCGCGAGCUUGGAGGACUUAUUAGGGAACUUAAUCCAAGGCGUUUUUGAGCGGUGCAAUUCAUCCGAAGGUGGAGGACUUUUGCAUUGUCGGGCAGUGGUUUUGCCCAAAUUUUCAAGCAAGUCGUCUCUAUAAGAGUAAAGACACUAAGCAAUACAAAUUUUAAAGCUUCAAGGCAUCACUUCCAGUUGACGUGUGCCGCUUAUAAACGCCUUUGCUUAUCCCCUUACUUGCGCCCUUUAUUGCUUUAAGUGUUAAAGUGAUUGUUCGCAAUCAUUUGUAACCGAACUACUAGUCAGUGUUUUGUUUAUUUCAUUUAUUUUACUCGUGUUUUUUUUUUCUUGUAGGUCAUCUGCGGGCCAGUCUUCAACGUAAGUGUUAUAUGACCGAGUCUUACUCGUUUCUAACCCGUCACAUAAUUGUUCACGGACAGUUUUAUUUCCAUACAUACUGGAAAUAGAAAAGUGUAUGACUUUGGCUUUCGACGGCCAGGAUGGAAACGGAUUGUAACUUGAGAACAUUGGGUUAAUUCAGUUUUCCAAGUUAAAUACGUAUGUUUUCGAAAAUGACCAAAAACAAUCAUGCUUUGUUUUCCCUUCGAUACAAUCGUUUGAUAUCUUGUUUUUUUUUAGUUCCGAGUAAGGUGACUGAGAUACUUGGUUAAUAUAUAGAUUUAGCCAAGCCUAAAAGCGGAGCUCUUUUUUGUAUUUUAAGCCUUUAUUAAAAACUGAAUCAUUGGAUAAUGCAAUUCUAGCAUUUUGAUUGGCUUAGCCGUUAUGGUAUAUGAGCUAAUAUACCAUGUUCUCCAUAUAUGGUCGGUGUACGCGUCAGUUUAAAAUUGAAAGCUAGCUGAGAUUUUUUUUCGCGAAGGAUAGAACGGCGCCCGAAGCAAAUCGUUUUAAUUCAUUUCUUAGAAUACUAGAAAUGCAAUUUCAGCGCAAGAAAAAAGACAAAAACAAACAAAAAAGCCUCAAGAGCUUGUUUGAAAGUUUGUCGAAAAACACAUGAAAACACAUGGAACUAAAGUACCUUGACCAGCUACGAAAGAAGACAAGUGUUGUUUCUUCAUGAUCGCGAAGCCAUUCGCCGAUCGAGUCACUCGCCGAUAGAUAACUGCAGCUUGUUUAUCCGACAUGAAGAAUAUAAAUCACAAGUAACCAGCUACAAAUACAGGCUAUGCAGGCAUUCACUAGAGCAAUCGAGGCGGCAGUAUAGCUUCUUUUCUCGUUCAGCAAAACCAGCUUGUGGCUUCAAACAACUUCAUAACAAGCGACCGGGGUAAUACCGGUAGUUUUUCUCCGUUGUUCUUACUUUUAUAACCGCACCGAAAAUCCUAAUUCAUAGUAAUUUCGACGGCUGUCACUUAAAAAUUCCUUUCCUUCACAUUAUCUGCCAGGUUUUUUAAGCUGUUCUGCUGUGUAAAAUCCUAGAUUCACAAUGAGUUUUUAAAAAACUAAUGUUCAUCGCUACAAUGUUUUGAUUUUUCAUUCAUGCAGUCUAGGCGAGUCCGUUCGCGCGUUGACAGUUUUGAUAGACGUGCGACAUGUGAAUAGCGGAAGUCCCUUGUCUUUUCCGGUUUGUUCUAGUCGGGGCGAUUCAACGAGAUUUUGUGGGCGUUUUUAAUAAAACAAUUAUUCCACUCGGGCUUGUUGGAUAUGAAAUGAUUAUAGCCAACUCGGCGCUAUGCGCCUCGUUGGCUAUCUAUCAUCUCAUAUCCAACGUGCCCUCGUGGAAUAAUUGUUAAAUAUACCUUAUAACAGUCUCACUAAGCGACUGAAAUACUUAGUUGUAAUGUCGAACACUUCGUUGGAAGUGAUCAAUAAUAUAGACAUUUUUAAUUUUUGAUCCUUUUAGCUCCUCAUCCAUCCAGCAAGUGCCAGCAACUGUUUGGUCAGUUGUGCGUUAAAGACAACCAACUUGCAAACGAGUUCCUCAACGGCUUGUUAAACCAACUCAACUGGUCUUUUUCGGAGUUCAUAGGAAUGCUACAAGAGGUACGGAGACAUUCAACCUGUUUAUACUAGAAAACAGAAUAAUACAGGAGUUUUAAAAAUAUUGAGAAAGCUACUCGGAACACUUAGUUGUCCGUGAUGUCCGAAGAAUUCCGAUGUAAACGCGAAGAUGUUUCGAUUAGAUAACAACUCGUCUUGGCUUGACCAUUUGUUAAAGAUUCCGCUGCUGUAAAUUGUCUCUCCACGAUACAUGAUUCUAAAAACGUCUUAAAUUUUCGUUGGAGCCAGAUAAUUCGUGUAGACAAGUUCCUUGCAAAUUAUCAGACCUAUCUGCGAUUUUUUUCCGCAGCAACGAAGUUUUUAACGGGGGUAUUGCGGUGUUUUAAUUUGCUGUUAAUUUAUUUUCGUUUUUCUAGAUCCAACAGGCCACUCAUCGCAUGGAGAGUGUGCUGGACUCGCGCCAGCUACGAACAUGCGCAGUGUGCUUUGACUUAACAGUCGGUUUAAUGAGGGUGAGUUCUUGGCAAGCUACAAUCAUAGUUCUACUUUGCUUUUUUCUCUUGUUUUCCCAUGGAAACGGCCAGCAAAAUGUGGUAGCAAACUGAUCAGUCUCAAACUGAUUACGCCAAGAAGGGGAAUUGACUAAUGAAGAGUCACUUGUCUCAGAAACCUACCACAGAAUUCAACACUAAACACACCUCAAAUAGGCCGUCGCACUCCCUGUGCAAUCCACGAAAAGAGUAACUGUAUGAAUAAAGGUAUAUUGACCAGUGAUUUUCUUUGUUCGUUGCCACAGUUUCUAUCUUAAGGGUCCUUUAUUCGCGUAAGAUAGCACUGGACACCGGACUUAGUUGGGGCUGUUCUGGGAACCCGUAUCCACUCAAAACUAAAUAUUAUAUUACAUUAUUUAUGGCGUCUCUACUUGUUAGGUUCUAGAGAUGGUAGCUACCGUAGCUCCUGAGGUUUUCACUGACUGGAAACGACAAUCUGCUGAACUGCACAUCGCUCGCCUUUUCCAGGUGAACAAAUCUAUCUUAACUUUCCUUUUUUUUCUGCCCCUGUCCCAUCUUCACUCAUCUCAUUUCGCCCUCCCCCCCGCCCCCUCUUCUUUUAUUGCUUAAAUUGGUUCUGCUUUUUUCCCUUAGUUGUUGACUCAGGUCCUUAAUCGGGUAACUGCCAGUUCAAACUUGUUUGAGAACGUAACAAGGCUUCACUUACCAGGUAGAUGGUGCAUAUUUUAUCCCUUUCACUCUCAAAAGGAGCCAAAAUCAAAGUUCACCAAAUUGUUUUCAGCGUGUUGUAAAAGCUCAAAAACAAAUAGUUCCAUGCGAAAGGACGUCUAGUGAGUUUUCAUUUGAAUGGCAACACCAUAAGAUUUCAUCCACAAACUCAAAAGUUAGUACUACAUACUAAAUAAAUAGUACCAUGUGAAAGUACUGCUGAAGAGGUUUCUUUUGAAUGGUAACACCAUAAGAUUUCAUCCACAGACUCAAAAGUUAGAGCAGCAUACUAAAUAACUAGUAUCACUGAAUGUGAUGUGAAAGUACUGCUGAAGAGAUUUCAUUUGAAUGGUCACACCAUAGGAUUUCAUCCACAGAUUCAAAAGUUAGAAACAUCCAAGAUUCCGUUAUUCACCCAGUGAAGGGGUCCAUUUAAAUAGUCAAUUUUAACUUCCUUAUAAACGUCAAAACUAUAUCUAUUAGUUUUGGAAAAAUCUUUGGGACAUGUUAUUUUAAGCGAAAAAACAUUCAAGCUGAACACUCGACCAUGUUUGGUCAGAUUUGAAGAUACUUGUUACACAUUAAUUCCUUUUUUUUUUGAGGUUUGAAAAUUUAGUUUAUUCAUUCCUUUAUCAAGAUAUUUCUUUCUAUAUUCUAAGGACUAGAGACAGUGGAUAGGUUUCCCAUUCUCGGCGCUGUGACUGGAAUUUUAUUAACGCUGCUGAUGGACGGAACCAGUGAAAGGUUUGUUUCUUUACUCCUCUUUUAAUUCAUCGAAAUUUACCAAAGACUGCUCUCUAAGCUGAGUAGCGACGAUUACAUUUGUCUUCUAUUGAUUACAUGUAAAGUAAAAAGAUUUAAAAAUGAGAUUGGCUUUCGUAGGCCUCAUGGCAUGCAUGAAAACUUCGCCGUUUGUAAGGUAAUUCAAGACACAGUCUUCACGCUGUGGGUUUCGGAUUCCUUGUCAACGGAAUUGGGAUUCCUGAUUCCAAUCGUUUGCGGGAUUCUUGAUUCAUUGAGCUGAAUUGAGGAUUCCAGAACCCAGGAUUCCAGAUUCCACAAGUAAAAAUUUCCCGGAAUCCAGAUUACCUUACACGAGGAGAAAAAUUAAACUAAACAAAUAAAGUUCUUGAUUGAUUGACUGAUCUUAGCCUUUUCAUAGUGUUUAACCUGUAACUGCCACGCGAAGAAAGCCAAAAAUAUGUAGCACUCGCCUGUUAAUCCCACCAGCUAUAUAGGUUAUAGAUUGAAUAACUGGGUGCUUUGUGUGGUCUUUUUACGCAGUAAAGAGAGGGCAACCUCAUCCUUGUUGGCAGAGCCAGGAUACAGUCUGGACACGGUUUGUUUCUUGGUUGGAGGGAGAAUAUCAGGAGCAGAUAGCGCCAAACCAAAGUUUUCUUUCAAAUCCUGUAGGUGUUUUUUCAAGAUUUUAGUACUAGUUUGUGGACAAUAAUGUUUCGUGAUGAAAUGUUUUACGCGCUGUAAACUGCUACCUUUGGGAACUUUGUAACUGAAAGCGGCAGAUCUAAACUGCCAUCGUUUUCCUAUUUUCUCUGCGAGAAAGGGAAACAAAGGAGCGCGUCUCUCUUUUCUCCCGCCUCUCUUUCCUCGCGUGUCGCGUCGUAUACGCGUGAGAGGGGAUUUUCCGCCCUCGCGUGUUUUACUUGCCCUACCAUUAGCUCUGAUGAAGUGUAUCAAGAAGCGACGAAGCGUUUUGCACCUUUAAAAACGUUUAAAAAGGAAACGUUUCUGACCUCUCUUCUACGCGUUUUGCGAUUUGGCGUGGAUAACUACUACAACUUGGAAAAUAGCCCAAAGUAAAACUGUGCUGAUGAUUUCUUUUUGAAGUGAUAAACAGGGACGUAACUGCAGAUGAAGUACAGCGACUGGAGAGCCUGGUAACCUACCUUGAGGAGCAAGACUCGCAAUCUCUGCUACACAAACAGGUGCGUGACGUCACUACCGUCAGUAAAAUUCGGGGAGAAUGGUGAUCAGUUAGCAUAAUUUCCAGCCGUUUUGUGCGCCCGCGUUCCUUAGCGCACACAAGCCCGCACGCAAUCUCGUCUUAGUGGAAAUCUGUAUUUGGUCUUUGAUUUGUUCGCUUGUAUUUAUUUUGAGCAAUAUGUGACAAGAAAUGCGGUCCCUUUUUGGCAGGAGUCCGUGGAUGUUGAUGAUUUAUGCCCAAUCUGUUGCGCAGUGAAGAUCUCGGUCAGGUUCAUUCCCUGUUCACACGCAUCUUGCAGGUGAGUAUCACGUGCGAUAAAAAUGAUUGGUUCAUUUAUAUUUCUGUGUCCGUUUAAUUGUGUUUUGAAUAUGCUUUUGUACAUUAUGCUUUUGUUUCCCCACUAAAAUGCGCCACCUUAAUGUCCAUAGUUUUCCACUAAAAUGUUCGGUCGUCUUCAAAAAAGUCAUUAAAUGCUCGGAAAAUCAAUGAGAGGCCUUUUUAGUCAUUCUAAAUGUUCUAAGAGGGUUUAAGGCUAACGAAAAUAUAUGUGGUAAAACAAUGUGGCUGUGAAUGGCGGCACAUGAUAGCCGUGGCGAUGAACAUAACAACAAAACGUUUAAUCAUACACGAGGCUGAAUCAACUCACAAGUAUCAUCACAAACAUCCGUUAGAAAUCCGUAGCACGAGAAAGAAAAACUGAAACAAACGACUUACAAAACACUUGGGAAACUUGAAGAAAACCUUAGUGAAACUUCAGGUUAUUUCACGGUGGCCUCGUGCCCGCCAAUGCCGAGGCCCCGUGCGCAUGCUCCUAAUAAACGAGGGGGUAAGCCCGCUGGUCAGGAUACCAGCAGUUACAAACAACAAUGUAUAACCAUGUAACAGUUUUAAUAGAACAAAAAAGGAUCUUCUACACGUCUGACAUUGCCUCUGUUUUUUGUUUUUAGAUCAUGUAUAUCUCGACAUCUUAUGAACAACAAAGAAUGUUUUUUUUGUAAAAGUGCAGUCAACGGAAUGGAGGAUAUUUCGACGGAAGCUGGCUCUAAGAAGCAGUAAGCAGCCUGAUGAAUCCUUCCAUUCGUCUUCUCUCGAAACUGGCAGCCGAAUCAUAAUGUUUUUGUAAAAAGUAUAUAUGAAAUAAAAGCUGCCGUGGAGUACUAAGGCGAAGAAGGCAGUAAUAUGAUUCUUUAUGUGAAAUCUAACACUAAAGCUUUCUUCCAGCCAACAAAUUAUGUGAACUGAACAACUUCACUAACGUGUCACAUUUUCUAGCUGGCUACACAUAGCCUACUGAUCAGGAAUAUUUAAACAAAUGAUGUAAAUUAAUAUCAUGUUAAAAGCUGUUCUACUGUUUUCAUUUGGGCGUCGCCCAAAUAGAGUAAGCGAGUUCGCUUGAUUCAAAGUUGCAAUAGGCGCGCAAUACGUGCGAACGUAAACAAGCAAAGCGACGCGAAUGUCUGCCGCGCGCUGUGUCACAACACAGCAUUUAUCUUCGUUACAUACGACCAACAGAUAACGCACGGCAAACAAAUCGGCAAUAGAAAACAAACUUUUUGGAAAAACAAGGUACACUUAGUGAAACAAAGUAUUAAAUAAUUUAAAUUUUCCCUUAGGAAAGUAAUCGUCCUCGCAACACACGGUGUGAAUGGUUUGGCUUAUUGCCAAGGGUUUGACAAUAUUUUGCUCCCAGUUGUCAAGCACCAAAGGGGAUGUGACGCAAAAUUCCAUGAUCUCAUGCAUGAGAUAAAUUAAGGAUAACACUGGAUGAUGCAUAAUUUCAUUGCAUAUUUUCGGAAAGGAGGUGAUUUCUUAAAAUCUUAUUGAGGAAAAUGACCUGGUAAACAAGAUGCAUUCUUUCACGGUCGAAGAGUAAAAGGGGCAGAGUCCAACAUCUUCACGUGCAAUCCACUGUAGGUUCCUCGCAUGAAUGUUUGAGACAAAGUUGUGAGACAAUGUUUCUCCAUGGUCUUUCUCCUGUCCGUCUGCCUCGUUGUGGCAUCUGUAGUAAACGUCUUACUAAAGUUACUAAAGUUACCUCCGCCUUGAAAGGCGGCGCGUUAUAUUGGAUUUGGUUAAGUAUUACUGCAGUGUAACCUCAAUAUGGGCCAACGGACUGGGAAACAUUUGUUCCAUAUAACGAGGUUUCGUUACGUCGAGGUUCUUUUUCAUAAAUUUAACUAUUACUGCUGACAUCGUUAAUUUGAGAUUCGUUAUUUCAGACAACAAUGGAGACAGUUCCACUGUAGCUAUUUCUGGUGGACAAACAAAACGAGCUUUUGUAGCGAUCUUUUGAACCGUCCCCCAACAUGGCGGGUCCGUUACUGAAAAACCACUAGCUAACCAACCGGAAAAAAAAACCGUUCGUAACACCGCACACAUCAUUAAAGGUUUGAACCCAGGAGUCAUUUCAAAAGUAGGGACUGUCAACAACAACAGUCCUAUUCAGGACUACGUUCACCCGGACGAUCAAACUCAACCUACAUAUAUUUAGUUUAGGUAGAUUGCAAGGGUAAUCAUUUAUAUCCAACAAAAAGCCGAAAACAUCCCUUGUAGAACAGCUACAUCAGCUUAUAGCUGACUGAUCCUCUGACAAUGCAACCAGAUCAACUAUCGUCAUAAUGGCUACCUGAUUUUGAGGUUGUAUUUGCCUGUUUUGGGGGACGAAUUUUGACCUGUAGGUUCCCGUAUUGAAACACCUUCUUUAGUCCGAUUGUUAGCACUCGGCCCAGGCCCCCUUGUUUAUUGGCCCUCCAAAAACCAAGUCUCUUCUAGCUCUGGGAAUUGCGAGACAAUGGAGUCGUGAAAAAUUUGUAAUUUUGUCCCCAUAAAGCCUUAGAGUCGUGAAUGAUAUAAUUUCAAUAUGUCGAACGUGGGCUAUUACCUAGCAUUGAAGGAAAAUUAUUAUUCAUGUUUGCCAAUGAUAUAUAAUUAUUUUUUCAUACGUGUUAUAAGGAAAUUGUGCAUGCAUUUAAUUAAUCCAGUGAAGUCAAAUUAGUAGAAUCCGAGCCAUUUUAACUCCCGAGGACUUUUACUUAUUCUCAUUGUUUCUAUUUUCGGAGAUUUUAUUCUUGUUGUUUUUUUUUCUUUCUUUUAAGACCUGCAUUAAGACCCGCAUCACAUUUGAAUCUUCAUAUUCAACUUUCUUUGAGAUGUUUCAAAAGUAAUUCGAAAACUAACUCGUUUAACGUUCUUUGUUCUUCCUUCUUUGAUUUUUUUCCCGUCUCUUUAGGCUGUUCUUAUUAGUUUUGUUCUUAACCAGCUCGAAUUUUGUUCGUCUUAUGGUUUAAACAUGUACACAAACGCAAACGGGAACAUAAGGGGAACACUCUUACCUGAAUUGAUUCUUGACACGACUUUAUUGGAUACUACAGGCCAAGCUCCGUAAUAAAACAGCAAAGCAAAAUUUAAGAGAACGAAAAC